UAAAAAUAAAACCUGUAAAUAAAGAAGUGAAUAACAACUGGAUUUUCUAUAAACGAUAACACGACCAGCAAAGUACUGGAAGUUGGUUGUAUGUACCUAUUUUAGAUUGUCCGACCAAACACCAGAAAUUUCCUGAAACUGUGGAUUGUCCCUGAACACAACGAUUUUGUUUUUUCCCAUUAUGCAUUGCGGCCGUAGUCAUGCUAGCUCAGGAGUCAGGUAACAUUUGACAGACUGGACAGACCAUUCAUCCAAAUACAAGCUCAAGAAACAAUAUUAAUGAGGAUUUAAGAACCUGGCAAGUAUGAGUCAACGUGUCAAUGAUGUUAUGAAGCUAUGUUGUGAGUUAUCAGCUAAUCAGCAAAUCCAGACCACAGUGAAGGGCUCAGGGAAGGGAGCAGCAGCAGCUGGAGGACUGGCCUUUGCUGGAGGGUUAGUUGGGGGUCCUCUUGGUAUUGCAGUGGGUGGGGCUGUUGGAGGCCUUCUGGGCUGCUGGUUGACCAGUGGACAAUUCAAACCUUUGCCUCAAAUCAUAAUGGAGCUCAGUCCAGUGCAGCAGCAGAAGCUUUAUGAUGAUCUCAUGGCCAUUCUGGGAGACAUUCAGUGGACAGACGUGGUCCAGUUAACUGCUCUGGUGAUGGGCAACGCUGCCCUUAAGCAGCAGCUGACAGGCGCUCUUCUUGGAUAUGUUACCAAGGAGCUCCAGGGCGAGGUGCACUACGUGGAUUAGUGUCUGUGGGAACACUGGGAAACACUCAGAGGCCUUAGUGCUCAGGAGGAUUUAGCAUUUGAUGAUAAUGUGAACUUUUUAUGUGAAGGUAUAUAGGUAGACUCUUAAUUUAAUGUGAAAUCACACACCUGCUGACAGCGAACACAGAUCAAAAGCAGGACCACACAUUGUUGUGAAGUAGAAUAGCUGUUUAUCUUGGUGAACAUACUAAGGUUGAAUGAUUUAUUAAUUUAUUUAUUCAUUAAGCCUCUGCUCAUGUCUGACUUUAAAUGUUAUCUGAACUAUUAUUACAAGUACAUUAGCUCUCAACUAGCAUUACUCUCAAGUGAAUACUGCCAUAUGCUGAGGUUAGUACCUGCUGUGCUGUUUGAAAUGAUUACAAGGAUUUUAUUUAUCAAGUGUUUUUCUUUUUUAAAAAAGUUGUUUAAAUCACAACAUAUUGUUGUCAUCACUGAGCCAAUUCAGUUUUAUUGAAUUUGUAUCUCAUUGAGACUUAAAUCACAGAAUACACUGUAAACAGUAGCAGUUAAUCAUACCAUUGUCACAUUUUGCUACUGCACCUCAUCAGAUUGAUACAAACAAGUGUUGUGUAAUUAUGAUGCUCUAGUUGCCUGAAUGCAAGACCCAUGGACUGGACUUGCUUGUGUUGUCAAAAGCACUGUAUGCCUUUAUAGGUUGGGCUAAUAAAUGCCAACAUUUA